CUCAAAAAAGAAAAAAAAACAUCAUCAAACUGGAAGGUUCUCUCUUCUCUCUCAGAAAACGAUUUUUUUUUUUAACCAGAAGCGCCGUAUCCCUCUCGGCGGCGCGGCGGCGAGACGAGCCGAGGGCGCCAGGCGGAGCCAUUGGACCCAGCUUCAUCCACCGGAGAUGGAAGCAAAUCAGUCACAAGGAUUUGGAGUUCAACAGAAGUCAGGACCAGAGCAAACUGAUGAGAUGCUAGGAUCGCAGGUUAAUCAAAAGUUCAUGGAAAUGUGCCUUGACGGUGCUGCUGUGGAAGCUGGUAUUGUUGCAGAAAAGCAAGAUGAUCCAGAGGCAAAAUUGGAGGUUCAUCAAAAGAUGGCUGAAAUGUGCCUAGACACUGUUGUGGAAACUGACAUUAACCAAGAAAAGCAAUCUGAUCAAGAGGCAAGAUCGGAGGCUGAUCAAAAGCCUGCAGAAACUAUCAGGCAGUGCACGGUCAUGGAAGCCAAUGUUAAGCCAGAAGAGCAGGCUGCUGCUAAUCCAGGUGUCAUUUACCGCUGCAGAAAGUGUCGGAGGAUGGUAGCAACCCAAGAGUAUGUCGUCACUCACGACGUAGGCCUGGGAGAGGCAGACUUCUUAAGGCGAAGAAACGAUCAAGCGGACGAAAAGAAGCCUGAAUGCAGUGCCUGCAUCUUCGUGGAGCCCAUGAAGUGGAUGCAGGCUGUGGAGGAGGGAUACGUUUCGAACAAGCUGUGGUGCAUGGGAUGCAAGACCCGGCUGGGAUCGUUCGACUGGGCAGGGAUGCAGUGCUGCUGCGGAGCGUGGGUGAUCCCGGCUUUCCAGCUGCUCAAAAGCAGGAUCGACGAGUCUCACAUGUGAUUUUACUCGACCAAGUGGCCUUCCGAUUCCUUGGCGAGUUAGUGGUGGCAAAUGGAGUAGCAUAUGUAGGACGUAGGAACAAAGGAACUACUACUAAUAGUGUCAGAUGUUUUUUUUUCCUGAGAAUGUCCGAUGUGUUUCUUUGUACAAAGUGCUUAUCUCGCCCACCGUAUCAGCUUUGUCCACCGUCUGUUUUGCUUAACGGUUCUACUACUAGAUAUAAUUGCCUGUGCGUUGCCUGUGAGACUCAUGGAGACAUACAUAUGAUAUGGCUCAACGUCAUUUAUGUUUACCACAUAUGUAGAGAUUCGGACUGAUAUGGUUAUGAUUCGGCUGAGUCCUCACUAGUUUGGGAAGGGCUGAGUCCUCACUGGUUUGGGAAGGGCUGAGUCCUCGCUAGUUUGGGAAGAGUUUAUGCCGGUAUUUGUAUCAGAUUUGGUGGCUAGUGAUAUUACUGAGCCCAGUGAUUAAUAGAAGUGUUUUCCACCGUCGAAAAA